UCCCUCUGCUGCAUUUGGAGUAUAGGAUGGAGGAGGAACCGAAAUUGCCAUUUUUAAGGAGGAGAAAUGAAUACCAUGAGAAUUGUCCUGGCUGUAAAGUUGAACUGGAAAAAGAGAUGCAAAGGGGAAUUCCUUUUAAAAGUCUAUUUACUAUAUGGAUGGUGGUUCUAUGCACAGCUCUUCCUAUAUCAUCUCUUUUCCCAUUUCUUUACUUCAUGAUAAGGGACUUCAAUAUUGCAGAAAAAGAAGAAGACAUUGGUUUUUAUGCGGGUUAUUUAGGUUCUUCAUUUAUGCUUGGGAGAGCUCUCACAUCAGUCUUUUGGGGAAUAAUAGCUGAUCGAUAUGGACGAAAACCAGUCAUAAUCAUAGGCACUAUUGCAGUGGUUAUUUUCAACACUCUAUUUGGUCUUAGUGUAAACUUUUGGAUGGCUGUCAUUACAAGAUUUCUACUUGGUAGCUUAAAUGGUUUACUUGGACCUAUAAAGGCAUAUGCAAUUGAAAUUUUCACUGAAGAAUAUCAAGCUUUGGGAGUCUCAACUGUUUCAACUGCAUGGGGAAUUGGAUUAAUCAUUGGACCAGCAGUGGGGGGAUUUUUUGCUCAGCCUGCUAAGAAGUAUCCAACUAUCAUCUCUGAUGAUUCUUUGUUUGGGAGGUUUCCAUACUUUUUGCCCUGCCUUUGCAUAUCUGUCUUUGCAUUUAUAGUUACUAUUCUGGUAUUUUGGAUACCGGAAACAUUGCACAAUCACAAUACAAGUGGUAAAAGUCUUCAUGAUUCAUUUGAAAUACUUGAAGCUAUGCCAUCCUCACUUUUACUACUCGAUAAAGAAGACAUUGAAGAGACCGAAGAACCUGUAUCUGAAAACCUAUUCAGGAAUUGGCCCUUAAUGUCUUCAAUCAUUGUCUAUUGUGUCUUCUCUCUUCAUGAUAUGGCAUACACAGAGAUCUUCUCUCUGUGGGCAGAAAGCCCGAGGAAGUUUGGGGGCUUGAGCUAUUCAACGGAAGAUGUCGGGGUAGUUCUUUCUAUCUCAGGAUUUGGUCUUCUAGUUUUUCAACUCUCUAUCUUUCCAUAUCUGGGAAGGAAGUUGGGUCCUAUCAAGAUAGCACAAAUUUUUGGAGUCUUAACCAUUCCCUUGUUGCAAGUUUACCCAUAUUUUACCUACCUCUCUGGAAUGAUGCUUUCGGUGUUGUUAAACUGUGCAUCUCUUUUAAAGUUUUUUUUCUCUGUGGCCAUUAUAACUAGCAUGUUCAUAAUGCAGAACAAUGCUGUGGCACAAAACCAAAGAGGAGCUGCAAAUGGCAUUUCAAUGACACUAAUGUCAAUUUUUAAAGCUGCAGGUCCAGCCGGGGCAGGAAUACUAUUUUCUUGGGCACAAAAGCGUCAGGAUGCUGCUUUUCUACCAGGGGAUCAGAUGGUUUUCUUUGUGCUGAAUAUGAUUGUGUUGUUUGGACUGAUUUUAACGUUCAGACCGUUUUUAGUCACCAAUGACCGAAGAUAA